UUGCAGUUUGACAGCAUCAGCAGUAUCACAUUAACCACUGCCAGUUUCAGACCUGUGCAGAGUAGUGUACUGUAAGAGCAGCGCUGAAACACAGUACCAAGAGACCGGUAGCUGGAUUGAUUGUCUGCAUCUUAAUCAAAAAGGUGAACUUGUGCUUUAACACAUACUGUGAGGCCUUAUUCUGGGGAGUCAUGAGUGGUGAGGGUUUUGUUCAUUUUUCUUCUGACUUGGGUUAUUCUGCAGGUGUCCAGUCAGAGAGGUUUAUGUAAGUACUUUUAAACUGUUUGAAAAAGUAGAAUAAAAAGGCUAUCCAAAUGUUCCUCUGUCUAUCCUACUUUUAUGCUGGCCAAAAUCAGGUUCAACAACAAAUAACAGUUUUGCUCAAACUCUUGGUCGAACAAUAUGUAGUUAGAUCCUCAUUAACACUUAACACGCUGCAGUUGUGUCACAAAAGGAGAUCUGCCUCACUCCACUUUCAUCCCCAAAGAUACCUCUGUCAUGGAAUGACAGUCCUGUACUGUGGUUCAAACAGUGCCCGUCUGACUCCUCCCACUUGGGUGAAACACUGUAUAAAUGCAACACCGGCCUUGGCAACAGCACUCUCUGAGAAGUUUGUAACUCCAAAACAUGAAGGGAUUGGGCUUGGUUUUCCUUGUGCUGUUCCUCACGCUGUCUUCUGUUGAGGCUGAGGAUGCGGAGAUGCAGUACUGGACAUGUGGAAGCAGAGGACUUUGCAGACGGUUCUGCUAUGCCCAAGAGUAUAUUGUUGGCCACCAUGGUUGUCCACGUAGAUACAGGUGCUGUGCAAUGCGGUUUUAGCAGUUACUAACAAGAUAAUACGACCGGAAGAACUUCACUGACUGAGGAUCGAUGCUUUGCUGAGUUAGGUUGAAUGGGCAGGGGUGUGUGGCUCUGGAUAAGUUCAACAGUAAUUGAAGACCAUGAGUUGACCUUGAGAAAGGACCUAUUUAUUCAUGAAUCUUUUGACGAUAAUGUGGUCAAACAAGCCUUUUAUUCUGGCUACACAUGACAAAGUUCAAAACAAUUUGCUACAUUCUGAAUGUCAGUAUCUGUAUGUGGUGGACAAGUUACAAAUACCGGUUUAGUUACAACAAAUGGUUCAGGUAACUUAUCAAAUGUUAAUUUCCAUUGGACAUAAAUUUUAUUUUGAUUAAUAAUGAAGGACUUCAAGAGCUGAGGGCAUCAAUCGAAUGAUCAAAAGUGCAUACAUUUUAACAACACAGUACCUUGAGUUGUCUUUAUAUUAAUUUUUAAGCUUUGGAAAUGAAUUGUAGAAGAUACAUUAAUAAUAAUAAUACACUUACCGAUGUUAGUGUUUGCUAUUUAUAUGUAAUUUAUGGUGUUGUUUGUUUCAGUUAUUAAUAAACUCUUA